AUGUCUCCCAUCCGCUUUAGUGCCCUCCUCCCCUUGUUCCCAUUCCUCACUCUCGCUCGAGAAAUCGCCUUUCCCCCACUUUCGGGCUACCAGAAUCAACAAGUCCCCGUACAACCGGGGUCUGAAUUUGAUGCUGCAGGCAACAUUAAAAAUGACGGGAUAUCAGGUGCCAAGUUUGCGGGCCUGAUGACUUUUGCGAACUUGCCAUAUGUGCACUGCCUGGCGGCUGACGAAGAAGACGUUGAAAAGUUCGAUAUUGCUUUUCUGGGAGCGCCAUUUGACACGCUCGACCGGGCGCCCGAUAUGGGCCAGGAGGCAUCCGUGUCGGCUCAAGGAGGAUGGUUCCAGAGGAAUGGAAUAUUUACACCGGUGGGUAAUCGCUUUUCUUUCCUAUGCAGCAACAGUUCGGUCGAGAGCGAUGUUCAGAAGGAGGCCGGCCGUGGAGAGAAUGCCUAUCAGAGCUGGGCCAAGAUUGUGGACUGUGGGGAUGCGCCACUCACUUUUCUGGACAACACGGUAGCCCUCAAGCAGUUAGACAGGACGCACAAGGUCCUUGCAGGACGUAAGACGAACUCAAGCGACUACACAACGCCUAGAAUCAUCACGUUGGGUGGCGACCACACCACGACACUGUCGGCACUGAGAUCUACUGCAGAGAAAUGGGGUCCGGUCAGCGUUAUCCAUUUCGACAGUCACAUUGAUACCUGGGACCCUGAAGUUCUUGGUGGGGGUAUCUCACACUACGCUGGAGUCAAUCAUGGCACAUUCCUCCACAUAGCACAUGAGGAAGGCUUGAUCCGCAACACGUCGAUUCAUGCAGGCAUUCGAGCUCCAGUGAUGCGGCCGAAAGGAGACAUCCGCAACGACAUUAGAUGUGGGUUCGAUAUGGUCAAGGCCAGAGAGAUAGACCGAAUCGGCAUCGAUGGAGUCAUCGAACGCCUGAAGCAGCGUGUCGGAGACAGCAACGUCUACAUUUCCGUCGACAUUGAUGUCCUCGACCCAGCAUUUGCGCCGGCAACCGGCACAGCCGAACCGGGUGGAUGGUCAUCCCGUGAGCUGCUAAGCAUUCUUGAUGGGCUGAGCGGACUGAAUGUCAUUGGUGCAGACAUCGUGGAGGUGUCGCCGGUGUGGGAUAAUGCUGGAGAGACGACGGUGCUAGCAGCAGCGCAGGUGGCGGAUUCUCUCCUGACAUUGAUGGUGCAGACGCCGGUCAAAUCGAAGGUGGAGGAGCUGCAGUGA